CCAGCGAUGAUGCUUCCUUUCACGUAGCAAAACGAAACAAAGAAAACUUUUCUCUUCACUAUAUAUACCAUUUGCUCAUCGUCUUCUAAAUCCACACACAUUCUUCAACUACAAACAAUAAUUAUCACAGAUUCUUUCCUCUCUCUCUCUCUCUCUCUCUUUGGUCAUUUCAAAACUAGAAAUCAAAGUUCAAACAAAUUCAGGUGAAUUCAAAGAAGAUGGUUUUGUCUAAAACAGCUUCGGAAUCCGAUGUCUCAAUCCAUUCAACUUUUGCUUCUCGUUACGUCCGCAACUCUCUCCCACGAUUCGAAAUGCCUGAGAACUCGAUCCCAAAGGAAGCAGCGUACCAAAUCAUCAACGAUGAGCUGAUGCUCGACGGUAACCCUAGGCUUAACCUAGCCUCCUUCGUCACCACAUGGAUGGAGCCAGAGUGUGACAAGCUUAUGAUGGAGUCCAUCAACAAGAACUACGUGGACAUGGACGAGUACCCUGUCACCACCGAGCUUCAGAACCGAUGUGUCAACAUGAUCGCGCGUCUCUUUAACGCGCCACUCGGUGACGGCGAGGCCGCCGUUGGUGUCGGCACCGUGGGUUCGUCGGAGGCGAUUAUGUUGGCCGGCUUGGCUUUUAAGAGACAGUGGCAGAAUAAGCGUAAAGCCCAAGGGCUUCCUUAUGACAAGCCCAAUAUCGUAACCGGAGCCAAUGUACAGGUUUGCUGGGAGAAAUUCGCAAGGUAUUUCGAGGUGGAGCUUAAGGAAGUGAAGCUAAGUGAAGGAUAUUACGUGAUGGACCCUGAGAAGGCGGUUGAAAUGGUAGAUGAAAACACGAUCUGCGUUGCGGCUAUCCUCGGUUCGACACUAACCGGAGAAUUCGAAGACGUUAAGCUCCUCAACGACCUUCUAGUCGAGAAAAACAAGCAAACCGGAUGGGAUACGCCAAUUCACGUGGAUGCAGCAAGUGGUGGGUUUAUUGCACCGUUCUUGUAUCCGGAGUUGGAGUGGGAUUUCCGGCUACCGUUGGUUAAGAGCAUCAAUGUGAGUGGUCACAAAUACGGUUUGGUUUACGCUGGUAUCGGCUGGGUUGUGUGGAGAACCAAAUCCGAUUUGCCUGAUGAACUUAUCUUCCAUAUUAAUUAUCUUGGCGCUGAUCAACCCACAUUCACUCUCAACUUCUCCAAAGGGUCAAGUCAAGUGAUUGCUCAGUACUACCAGCUGAUUCGUCUUGGAUUUGAGGGAUAUCGCAACGUGAUGGAUAACUGCCGCGAAAACAUGAUGGUUUUAAGAGAAGGCUUAGAGAAGAUGGGACGUUUUAACAUCGUCUCAAAAGAAAACGGCGUUCCAUUAGUGGCGUUUUCUCUAAAAGACAAUAGCCGUCACAGCGAGUUUGAAGUGGCGGAAACUCUCCGACGUUUCGGAUGGAUCGUUCCGGCUUACACGAUGCCGGCGGAUGCUGAACACAUCACCGUUCUCCGAGUUGUGAUUCGAGAAGAUUUCUCUCGUACCUUAGCCGAGAGAUUGGUCGCUGAUUUCGGGAAAGUUCUUCAUGAGCUUGAUACGCUUCCGGCGAGGGUUCACGCCAAGAUGGCUAACGGAAAAGUUAACGAUGUCAAGAAGACGGAAAAGGAGACGACUAGGGAAGUUACCGCGUAUUGGAAGAAGUUUGUGGAGACAAAGAAGACUAAUAAGAACAAGAUUUGCUAAUAAAAUUUAAUGAAUUAAUAAUGUUUUGUUGUUGUAUCCCUAAUUAAGUUCCCUUGAAACCCAUUUCCUUCAUACUUUUGAGAUUACUUUUGGUUUUGUUUUUUUAAUUGAUUUUAUGUUGAUGAUUGGUAAAUUUGAUGUUCUUGAAUGAAAUAAAAUAAAUAAAUUUUUAUAUUUUAUCAAUAUUAAAAAAAAUGUUAUACUUUUAGUCUUUUA